AUCGUCAAAAAUAUUUUUUGAUAAAUGAUAAUAUAAUUUCAUUAAAUUCAAGUAUACAAACCAUAAAUAUAACUUUAUUCUCUGUAGGAAUUCGUUUAGUACAAAUAAGGCCCACAUCAAAUCAACGUAUUUAUUAAAAGGUAAUCAUUGCAGCAACGGAUCUAAGCUAACAAAAUCGAAUCUUUAAGAACAUGUCAUUUGAUAUAAGCUUAUCGAAACCUAACGAAGUUUCAAUAAAUUUGAAAUUAUUUAAGUUCUAUGGUUUUUUUCAUCCAUUUGAUCCAAAAAGCAAAACAGUUUUCAAUUUAAAUGUUUACCAGCUAGUUUGUUUCAUCAUACAUUCCGUGGUUGGUGUUAUAUUAAUUUACGGAUUAAUGGGUUAUGUUACUGAGAAGGAAGAUGCAUUCAAUAUUGCUAACGACAUACAGAUAAUGUUUGCUUGCAUAUUAUAUUAUCUAUGUUUAGUUAAUUCAAUUACACUCUUUUAUAAAGCGAAUAACAUUUGGAAUUUACUCCAUGUAAGUAGUAUACAUUUUUUGACAAGUACACAGUGUCAAAAACAUAUUGGAAUUCUCUAUAAAUAUCGUGAAAAAUUAAUAAAAACUACAAAUUACAUAAACGUUUUAUCAGUUGUACUUACUAUCCAAUGGAGUUUAUAUCCUCUACUGCUGAUUUUAUUACAAAAAGACCAUGCAAACCAAUCAAAUCAACGCUUUGAGAAUAUUUUCAACUUUCGGUUCCCCGUGACCAUUAGUUACUAUAAUAAUAAUUUUGUUAUAUUUUAUAUUAUCGAGUUAUCUAUUGGAUUGCUUCUAUUCUACAUACUUUUAGUGAGUGAACUCUUCUUUUUUUCUCUCUGCUAUAUUAUAAUUGCUCAAUAUGAGAUGAUCCAAAUAGCUUACAAAAAUGUCAACAGUGAACUGAAUUCCAAAAAUAGCAAUAAAAACAAAAAUGAUGUUAACGUUAACGACUGUUUUGAUGAUUUAGUAUCAAUUAUGAAGGAUCAACAAAAACUUUUUGAGAAAUUAAAAUUAUUUUAUUCUACGUUUAAGCUUAUAAUUGUAUCAUAUGUUGUGGUAUUUUCGUGGUCUAUCAUAAUUUUAAUAUAUGCAUCCACUCUGAUUUUAUUUACGUCAUCAGAAUCAAUAUCAAUGCUUAGUAUAAUCAAAUUGUUAACAACAUUUGGUAACGUUAUUAUUCUUUUACUACUCCUUUGUUAUUUAUUGGAGCGCAUUAAUAACAUUAAAGAAUCUGUUCAUUUCGGGAUGUAUAAUUGUAAUUGGACAUCAAUGAAUUUAAGAUCGAAAAAAAUGUUAUUGUUAUCAAUGCAGAUGAAUAAUGCUAAUAAAUUUAUUAUGAAAAUAACACCGAGAAAAAUUAUCAACCUACAACUUUUUAACAGCGUGAUAAUCACAUGCUAUAACAUUAUCUCAGCUAUGUUGAAUAUAAGUUCUAAAUAAAAAUAUGAUGAAGUAAUAUCUAUAUACCUAUACAUUUUUAACUGUUUUGAAUCAAAAAUGUAUAUUUUAUAAGUUUAUUAAUAUUUUGAAUGAAUUUUCGAUGUUAGAUGCAUGCUAAUCUUAAUUCUGUGUCAGUUAUGCAAUUAUACUAAUUAAUUAAUAAGUUAUGAGUUAUGGCUCAUUAGAAAUCAUAAUAAUAAUUUAUUAAAACUAGUUAUUCUGUAUUCUAUAAUUUCACAUGUUUGCUUAGGUACUUGGUAAUUCGUAUUAUUAAAAAUAAUUUUAAACAUUAGGCAAAUUAAUUAAAUAAGUUGUAGAUAAUUAUAUUUUGUUAAAUUAUUAAAUAUAUUUUUUUUUUUUGUUACUUAUAUUAGUGUAAAUACUUCAAUCAUUAGUAGGUAGAAGUUAAUCCACUAAUACCCAACUCUCUAUAGAAGGACAGUACUAUGCGAAUCGUCAUCGUCAUUUAACACAAAAUAUAAUUUAUUCAAUUUAUUCAAUCAUUUAAAUCCUGUAAAAUUAUACUUAAAUAUUCAAUAUAAUAUCUAUAAGUUACUGUCAAAGUCAAUCUUAUUUACUGUUAUGAUUAAUAUUAUUUAUUAAACAUUUAUAUCCUAAAUUUAAUAUACUCAUA